AUGGCUGGUUUGCUAUGGAUCGCCAGGCCGACCCUGCGGCUCCCUGACCUUCUUGACGAGGAAGAUUCAUGCCCGACGAACGAGCGGAAACGGAGGAUCAGGGAACUCAUGGGAGAUGUAGCUUCUGCAAGAGCUGAAGAUUUGGAUCUGCAGAAGAAAUUCGAGAAAGAUGCAGCAGAGUUGUUGAAGUUCUGUAGCGCAGAUGAAGAAAAGAAGCAAUGGCAACCCCAUCCUUUGGGAGAUUCUUCUUUGGACGACGAGGGUAUGCGAUUGAAGCUGCAACUGGAUCACAGCCGCUUCCAGUUAGCAGAGGCCAGAAAUCAACUCCACACGUUAAAGAAAGAUUUGGCUGCCUACGAAAAAUUAUUGCGGCAGGAACUGGGAGAUGUGGAUUUGCAUCAAGUACUCACUUCGCCCCGCUGGAGAGGUCGAGCGCAGGAGAUCAAGCGCUUGAAGGAGGAAAUAGCAGGUAUGGAGAGAAAAGCAUACGGACAGAAAUACAUGGAGGACCCACUCUGCUUCCCUAAGUACAAUCCCCGAUUCCCUCGCGUCGACGACUUCAUCCCGAAGAGUCAGCUGCAGUUCUUGAAGAACGAGGCCAGGAGGAAGCAAGAGAUGGCGGACAAGGACGAGAAGCAAAUCAAUGAUCUGAUCGAGGAAUAUGGAAGCGUGAGCCUCAUGUACAAGGCCGCUCUCACCCACAACAAGAUGCUCGCGGAGGAAUUCAGGUCCAUAAAAGGGCAGAAUUACGAAGAUAAGGCGAGAGAUGAUCGGGAAUUAGUGAAAAAUUUGGUGGCUCACCAAAUGCAAAUGAGGCACAUGCUGGAUCGUGAGGCGCAUCUAGCCUCAUUGCUCAAAAAGAGAGAGGACAAAGAAGGAGACGAGGAACCAGAGGACGAGCUAGAUGCUUCACGCUACAAGGCUCUGUGGGAGGCGAGCGAGUGCGAGAUGCAGUCGUUCCAGGAGAUGGUGGGCUCGCUGACCUCCAGGCUGGAGGACAUCGUUAGGGAGGCGGAGGAGGCAGAGAAGCACUGCAUGGAAAACGAGAGCCGGUACGCGGAAUUGCAGCAGCAGAUCGAAGAGCAGAAAGCAACCGCCAAAACCGCCGCGAAGACAAAAGACGCCAAACCCAAAUCCCAAGCCGGAAAGCCUCAACCACUUGGCAAGUCCCUUUCCCUUGGCGAUCAAUUAGCCGCAGUGAGAGCCGAAAAUGAGUUUCUCAAGAACUUCCUCAAGAAAGCCAUUCAAGCGAAGGAACAAGACCUGAAACUUUACCAACACACCAUGAGCAGUAUACGAGAACAGUACUUACAGACCUUGAAAGAGUUGCAGAGUGGUCAAGUUGCACCAAAGUCGCAAGCAGCCGCUUAA